AUGCCGCCCAAGAAGCCAACAUUCGUCGGCUACGGCUCAGGUGUCGAAACCGAGACGGAUACAGAGCGUCCGUCGCCCAAGAGAUCAAAGCCUUUGACAGGAAAAGCGCUGUUCGCCGAGAAACACGGCAAAGGCAAGGCACUAGGCAAACACGCUGCUCCGUCAGAAACUCGUAGAGAGCCCUCGACUACCAGACGCUCCACUCGUUCCUCCUCGAGACAACCGCAGCCUCCUCCGCCUGUAGAAGCUCCUCCAAUGCCUGCUGCUUCUCCCAAGAAGUCGCGCUCUCCGGCACGCCCCAGAGGUCGCCCUGAACCACCACCUCCCACUGCCGACAAGCCAAAGACGACCACCCGCCGUACUCGCACUGUGUCGCCAGCCAAGGGUCUAAUCAAAGACUCUCCCCCGCCCGAACACAGAAUGAACCCCUUUCCUCCCAAGCCUGAACCCAUGACUGUCUCGGACAAGCCUGCUGUUCGCAAUCGCUACGGCGAAAAGGUGCCCGCUCCUGUCGACAUCAAGCAAAAGAUGCGCCAAGCCAUCAACUUUCUAUCCGACGACGGUGUUGAAAACCUGCAGGACUUUGAGGACAAGUUGGAUAGGUUGGACGACUGGUUGGAGAAGAAUCAUCCUCUGAUGGACGGCAUCGUUGCUGACGAUGAAGACGACCCCGAGAUGCUUGGUCGUAGAGUCCGCUACAUGAUCUGGACCCACAGGAAUCGCAUCGAGCAGGGUGAUGAACAGUGGUUCACUCGCGACCAGUUCCCAGACAGCCAGUCUAUGUACAAACCCAUCAAGCCCAAGAAAGGUGACCAGUGGCGUCUCCACCCAGAUGGCACCACGACAGGCAGACCGGAGCAUCCUAAGAACCAAGUCAUGCAGAUUCAAGACAGAGAGCGCCUUGCAAAAGCUCGCGCUGAGAAAGCUGCUGCCGUCAAAGCCAGUCCAAAGAAGGUUUCUCCUGCUGCCGGUGUUCCUACUACUCCUGCUGCAGCUCCUGCAGCUGCUGCCAAACCCAAACUUCCCGAACUGCCCCACCCAGAGGUUUGGCAUCGCAAAGAGCUUGCUCGCUUCCCAUACGGCGAAACUCCUCACAUGGAGCAAGUCAUGAGCAGACAGAUAGUAGCUGAUCUGGCUCGUGGCAGAGAAGCCAAAGAGGCACUCCAAGGCGGCUCCUUCUACACGCUCAAGAAGAUUCUCGGAAACAUCAAAAAGUCUCUCUACCCCGAACAACCCAUCACUCCCUAUAACCCUUGGAAACUGCCUGAAAUUUCUUAUGAGGAUGUCUUGGAGGCCGACCAAACAUUCCACUACCUCGGCAGUGAUGAGACUCACGGUACAAAGAGAAAGGCCAAUCCCAGUAGAAGCAGAUCGCCUGCCAAGCGUACCAGAAAUGCCGACUGGCCUUUGUAG